GAAAAGAAUGUCAAGACGCAGUAGCCGUUUACAAGCUAAGCAACAGCCCCAGCCCAGCCAGACGGAUUCCCCCCAAGAAACCCAGAUAAUUCAGGCCAAGAAGAGAAAAACAGCUCAGGAUGUCAAAAAAAGGAAAGAGGAGGUCACCAAGAAACAUCAGUAUGAGAUUAGGAAUUGUUGGCCACCUGUAUUAUCUGGGGGGAUCAGUCCUUGUAUUAUCAUUGAAACACCCCACAAAGAAAUAGGAACAAGUGACUUCUCCAGAUUUACAAAUUACAGAUUUAAAAAUCUUUUUAUUAAUCCUUCACCUUUGCCUGAUUUAAGUUGGGGAUGUUCAAAGGAUGUUUGGCUAAACAUGCUAAAAAAAGAGACCAGAUAUGUUCAUGACAAACAUUUUGAAGUUCUGCAUUCUGACUUGGAACCACAGAUGAGGUCAAUACUUUUAGACUGGCUUUUAGAGGUAUGUGAAGUAUACACACUUCACAGAGAAACAUUUUACCUUGCGCAAGACUUUUUUGAUAGAUUUAUGUUGACACAAAAGGAUAUAAAUAAAAAUAUGCUUCAACUCAUUGGAAUUACCUCAUUAUUCAUCGCUUCCAAACUUGAGGAAAUAUAUGCUCCUAAGCUCCAAGAAUUUGCUUAUGUCACUGAUGGUGCCUGCAGUGAAGAGGAUAUUUUAAGAAUGGAACUUAUUAUAUUAAAGGCUUUAAAAUGGGAACUCUGUCCUAUAACAGUCAUCUCCUGGCUAAAUCUCUUCCUUCAAGUUGAUGCUCUUAAAGAUGCUCCUAAAGUUCUUCUACCUCAGUAUUCUCAGGAAAAGUUCAUUCAAAUAGCUCAGCUUUUAGAUCUGUGUAUUCUAGCCAUCGAUUCAUUAGAGUUCCAGUACAGAAUAUUGGCUGCCGCUGCCUUGUGCCAUUUUACCUCUAUUGAAGUGGUUAAGAAAGCCUCAGGUUUGGAAUGGGACAACAUUUCUGAAUGUGUAGACUGGAUGGUGCCUUUUGUCAGUGUAGUAAAAAGUACUAGUCCUGUGAAGCUGAAAAUUUUUAAGAAGAUUUCUAUGGAAGAUAGACACAAUAUCCAGACACAUACAAAUUAUCUGGCUAUGCUGGAUGAAGUAAAUUACGUAAACACCUUCAGAAAGGAGGGACAGCUGUCACCAGUGUGUAGUGGAGGCAUUAUGACACCACCGAAGAGCACUGAGAAACCACCAGGAAAACACUGAAGAAGUUAACUAAGCAAACA